AUGAUCGCGAAACCAGGCUUCCGCAGUCUCUCUAGCCCCGUCAACCGAUCUCGACGCCUCCCAGUCACAGUUGGAGCCAUCGCCUUCUUCAUAAUGUGUCUCUUUUAUCUCUUGUUGUCAAUCGCGCCCUGUAUAGUUUACGGCAACUGUUAUCGCGGUUACUCCAGUGCUUACAGCUUCGAUGCUGACUUGGCUUACAACCCGGCAUGGAUGGCCGAUAUCCCCGACGAUGUGUACCUCUCGAGUCUCAGCAUACCAGGAACGCACGAUACUAUGACCUAUGAGAUAGGAACAGAGGUUCUUCAAUGCCAGAACUGGAAUCUUACAAUGCAGUUGGAGGCGGGCCUUCGCUACUUUGAUAUCCGCGCUCGUGUGCGCGAUGAUGAACUGCACAUUUAUCAUGCCAACGGCUACACUGGUUUCAGCUUUGAGGAUGUCAUUGGCUAUAUGAAUGAUUUUUUGGAUGAGAAUCCCUCUGAGACUAUUGUUAUGCGCCUCAAGCAGGAAGGUGGGCGCAUUGGAGACAACAACACCCUAUCGUUUGAAGAUGCCUUCAACCAGUACCCCCUGGGAGAUCGUCUCUACAACUACAGCGCUACCGCACCUCUGCCGAAACUGGGUGAUCUGCGCUCCAAGAUCUUCGUGCUUGAGAACUUCCCAGCCAGGCGCGGAGGUCCUUACGGUCCCAAGUGGGAAGGUCCUCAGAUGGUGCUGGAAGACAAGUGGAUUAUUCCAGACAUUUAUCACUUAUCUGAUAAAUGGACUGCAAUUCGAGACGCUCUCGAGCUGGCGGCAACAGCACCUCUCGACAACGAGAUUCUCUAUCUCGCUCACAUCUCAGCCUCUGUGGGUGUUCUGCCCAUCGAAGCUGCGGCUGGACCAAUGAACCGCACCGUCACUGGGAUGAACGACAUGACAGGCCAAUGGAUCAAGGAUUUCGAAGAUAACCCAGACACAAGCCGCACCGGAAUUGUCAUCAUCGACUUCCCAGGUCGGAAGUUCAUUGAGGCCAUCCUCCGGUGGAACAACUCAUUAAAGAAACAAGCAUAA